AUGAGAAGGCCCUUGAAAAGUUUCCAACUUUUAACAGGAGCUAACCCAUCGAAUACACAGCCGCAAUGUCCCAGAGCUUCCGUAAGAGACAUCACGGAAAAGCAGAUAUCAAGAACACCAUCUGCGCCAACGGCGAUUCCAUUAAGGGAGAUUAUCUACAAAGUACCCGGUUUAUUUCCUCGCCCUGUAGGAGACUCUGUUAAGGAUUUCCGAGAUUUCAUUAAAAGUGAGGAUGUAUUUCAAACUGAGCUUUUAAAAACGUUGCCGUUUUAUCCGAAUCCUUCAAAAUUAAAAAAAUCGAGGGUCAUAAGGACUGUUGUUGAUGAUGACGGCAACUACAUCAACGAAUUUUGCAUACGCCCAAUAAACCCCUCAGUACCUGAGACAGAGUUGAAACACCUGAUUUUUAUUCAUGGGUACGGAGCCGGAUUGGGGUUUUUUAUUAAGAAUUUCGAGGAUAUACCUCUAUUGAAUAACGAGUGGUGUGUACAUGCGAUUGAUUUGCCCGGGUAUGGUUUCUCUUCAAGACCUAAGUUUCCAUUCGAGUAUCCAAGAGAUAACCUUCAUGAUGUCCAAGAUUGGUUUCACAAAAGACUACACACAUGGUUUAAUAAAAGAAAUCUUUUGAACAAACCUGACAAAAACGUUGUUAUGGCACAUUCGUUAGGAUCUUACUUGAUGGCAUUAUACGUACAAAAAUAUAAGGAGCGUCCAUCUUUUAAAAAAUUGAUUCUUUGUUCUCCGGCAGGCGUCUCUCAUAGGGAUUCAAAUAACACUACUUCAGAGGCUGAAAAAUGGAAACCACCGCCUUGGUGGUAUGUCAAGCUUUGGGAUAGAAAUAUUUCGCCUUUUACACUCGUAAGAAAUUCUCGCCAGUUCGGUUCAAAAAUUACAAGUGGAUGGUCAUAUCGCCGCUUCAAGCAUAUUCUGAAUGGUGACUUAAAACAGUCAAGUCGAUUCGAGGCUCUACACAGGUACGCAUAUUCCAUUUUCAACAAGCGUGGCUCAGGUGAAUACUUAUUAAGUUUUGCCCUGAAGUGUGGCGGCGAACCUAGGUUACCCCUGGAGGAGCAAUUAUUCAAUGAUAGAAACCUAAAUAUUCUAAGAAGUAGUAAUUAUGAGUGGCUUUGGCUUUAUGGCGAUGACGAUUGGAUGGAUGUUAAUGGUGGAAUUAGAGUAUCUAAAUUUUUGAAUGAGAAGUUGAGGCAAAAAAGUAAUGUUAUUAUUGUUCCUCAUGCAGGGCAUCACCUGUAUUUGGAUAACUCAAAAUUUUUUAAUGAUAUUCUUGUAAAAGAGAUGCGAAAGGUUUAA